UGCGCGUGUGGCGGUGGGGGCUUCCCGCACGUGCCGCCGGCGCCGGCCGACACCCGAGCGGCGGCAGCAGCUCAGUAGUCGAGACUGCGGCUGGUGCAGCGGCGCAGGGCGUAAGAAAGACACGAAGAAUCCAGCCUCAUAACUGACCAGCGCCUUCGAGGCCGAACCAUAAGAAACACGAGCAGCGUCCUUGGAGAGCACAACAUGGGUCCAACAGGAGUCCUGCUAGCGCUUUUCACUCUGGUAGCAGUCUCCCUCAGCGGCCUGGUGAAAGCGCAAGGCGCGUUCUCCUUUGAGUUUCCCGACGAGGACGACUGCCGCACGCCUUUCGACGAGCCAGGCAGCUGCCUCGAGCUUGCCAGAUGUACGGCGCUGCAAUCAGUUCGGGACUACAACUUCCUGCGGCGCUACAUCUGCGGAUUUUCACGCAAUGUGCCUCUGCUCUGUUGCCCGAGCGGUGGACAGCAGAGGCCUCCGACUCGGCCUCCAACUCGGCCUCCGACUCGACCUCCAACCCGGCCUCCAACCCGGCCUCCGACCCGGCCUCCGACGCGGCCUCCGACGCGGCCUCCUACCCGUCCUCCGAUCAGGCAGCCACCAACCCAAGGCCCACCAAACCGGGAUAACUCCGAGCUCAUUGAAGGACCCAGGAUUGCCAACUACCCGCGCUUCCUGCCCUCUGCAUGCGGCCAGACUAAUGUGAGCGUGAGCCGUAUCGUCGGGGGCCGCGAGUCAGAACCCGGUGCAUGGCCCUGGAUGGCGGCUAUCUACAUCAACAGUGGUGGCGUGAACAGCGCUGCGUGUGGAGGGGCGCUGGUUACGGACAGGCACGUGGUGACUGCGGCACACUGCGUCGUCGUGGGACAUCGAGCGACGAACCUGCCGGCAUCUUCGUUCACUGUGCGCCUGGGUGACCACAACCUUGUGAGGAGCGACGACGCGGUUAGCCCCGUCGACGUUCCUGUGUCCAAGGUGGAGCGGCACGCCGACUUCGUGGCGCGAACCUUCAAGAACGAUGUAGCCGUCCUCACAAUGGAACGUCCCGUGAGGUUCAACAAGUUUGUGAGGCCCGUGUGCCUGCCGUAUGGUGAUGACUUCAAAACACGGGACCUCAACGGAUACCACGCAUUCGUCACCGGAUGGGGAACCACUGCAUUUAACGGGGAGUCCAGCGAUGUUCUGAAGGAGGCACAGAUCAAGAUAUGGGACGAGGACACAUGCAAGAAGGCCUUCCAGAAAGAGGUGCCCAUCUCCUCUGUUUACCUGUGCGCAGGCGACGGCAAUGGACGCCAGGACUCCUGCCAGGGUGAUUCAGGAGGUCCGCUGGUGCUGCCGGACGAUGGCCGAUUUUUCCUCAUUGGCGUCGUGUCGUUCGGCAAGCGCUGUGCAACGCCCGGCUAUCCUGGUGUCUACACGAGGCUCACGGAGUUCUUGCCAUGGCUAAGCGAGAGGCCUAGGGUCUCUGCCCUGACGGAGGCCGCGAGGAUCAAGGAGUUGUCUCUCCCGUUCAGGGCGGCUACCACGAAGAGGCCCCCUACAGGGUACGCCGCCACGUCCCCGUACGUUACGCGUCGCCACACCACCACCGGGCGGGCGGGCAGACAAGGCAGGGCGGGCAGGUCUACAACGCGAGCCCUGCGGAAAAAGAAAAGGAAAGGAGGCGCGCCUCCUUUUUUGCCUCCGGCUGACGUCAGACGGCCGCCGAAGGCGACCGCACGUGGCGGGAAUCCGGUUCUUGCGACGCCUGGGACGAGGAAGCGGCGGCGCCUUGACUUCUCGCCGACGAUCACCAUGCUGUGGCUGGUGACGGUGGCGGCGCUUCUGGCGACCGGGCGGGCUACGAACUCCUCCACCGCAGGAGCAGCAGCACCGAGGGAGCCAGACUGCCGCAGCCCGGACGGCAAGGACGGCUUCUGCAUAUUGGCGUCGCAGUGCAGGCAACUGGCGCUACUUUCGUCCAGCGAGCAGCGGCAGUACGUGUGCGGCUAUCGAGGACCGCUGGCCAAGCUGUGCUGCGUCCCCGAACCAGCGUCAGGAGGAGAGGGCGGCAACUCGACCGGCGUCGCCUCCCGCGGCGCUGGUUCGGACGGUGCGGCCAUCGCCCCUGCCCCACCACCCGAGCCCCUCCCCGAAGGCUACCCCAACGCGCUGCCAUCUGGAUGCGGGCUCUCCAGUGUGAGCGACUCCCGCGUCGUAGGAGGACGGGUGGCUGACGUCGGUGCAUGGCCAUGGAUGGCGGCCAUCUACCUGAAGACCGAAGCCCAAGCAAAGGUCGGCUGCGGAGGCGCGCUAGUCACAGACCGUCACGUGCUCACCGCAGCCCACUGCGUCAGCGUUGGCGCGCGUGCGAGGCAGCUUCCCGCCCGGGUGCUGACCGUGAGACUGGGCGACCACGACCUGAACUCGAGCGACGACCACACGACGCCCGUAGACGUCGAGGUAGCCGACGUGGUCCGCCACCCGCGCUACGACCGGCGCACGUACGCCAACGACAUCGCGGUGCUCGUGCUGCGCAAGCCGGUCACGUGGGGGCGGUACGUGAUGCCCGUGUGCCUCCCUUUCGGCCCCCUGGCCACGAACACCCUGGACGGCCACAAUGCCUUCAUCGUCGGCUGGGGCGCCACGCAAUUCAGCGAGCCAGAAGAGGGCGUCCCUGAGCCCACGCACGACGUCACAGACGGAGCCGGAAGCAGCGUACUGCGGCAAGCCCAGAUCCCUGUGUGGACCGAGGCCGAAUGCAAGAAGGCGUACGAGCAGCACUUACCCAUCAGCAAGGCACAGCUGUGCGCGGGAGACGCCAGUGCCGAGAGGGACUCGUGCCAGGGCGACUCCGGAGGGCCCCUGCUGCUGCCCCACCAGGGCCGCUACUACGUGGUGGGCAUCGUCUCGUCGGGAAAGGACUGCGCCACGCCAAACUUCCCGGGGAUCUACACCCGCGUCUCCUCGCACCUCGACUGGCUGCGCAACGAGCUGGGCGCGGCGCAGUAAUAAUAAAGAAAGAAGGCCGCGCUGUCGCUGGCCACACGGCAGCCAUGGCGGGCCUUUCCGUCUCUCUCUUCUUCGAAAAUAA